GACACCACCACCACCACCACUGUCACUGGAUCCACCACCCACAAGUGGGGCAGAUUUGACAAGACUAAGCCAGCUCCAACUACCUCCGAAAGUGGUACCCACAGAUGGGGCAGAUUUGACAAGACUAAGCCAGCUCCAACCACUUCCGAAACUGGUACCCACAAGUGGGGGAGAUUCGACCACACCAGAAUCCACGUCUCUACU